AUGUAUUUUACUAUUUCAUUAUAUUGGUUUAAAUUGCCAACAAUUCGAUUUGUAUUCCUGGUUUUAGUUUUACGACCACUUUUAGUAUUUUCUAAAGGUGGCGGAGGUGGAAAAGAACACUCUGAAAGCAGUUAUAGCGGACGUUUUAGGUCUAAUAGUGGCUCUAGUCAUUCACCAUCAACCUGGGUUUUUUGGUACGAUGGCGAUAAUCGAACAUGCGGAAACUAUUGCAUAUUAACUUUUUCCAUAGUUGCAUUUAUAAUACUGGCAAUAAUUUUAUUUGGAAUAUGGAGAUGUAUUAUAAUAAGAAAAUAUUACAAAAAUAAUGAUAAAUUUCGCGAGUCUACGGAUCUUGAAAGUGAAAUUACUAAAUCUACAGAAGAUAAUAUUCGAACUCGAACUGAGAUGCAAUAUCCUCCGUUGCCUGGAACAGCUCCUGUUAUCAUUGCGCCUCCCCCAGCUUACACAAGCAUAUCUCCCGCUCCAGAAAAGUCUUAUUUGCACGGAUUAAGGCAUGAAGCCACUUAUAAAGCAUACAAAGCUGGAAAACAAUUUACGCGCGAAAAUCCACCUCACGAAAUACUGCCCCCACAAGAACACGUUGAAUAUAUUUUGUCAUCCGGUCCAAAAGCCUGGGAAAUGGUGAUACCUAAAGAACGUGCAGUUCCACCUAAUAUUAUAGAUGUGUCAAAUAAAGGGCGCGUUAUAUCGUUCCACGGAAAAAAUGAUGUCAUGAUACAAGCAAAUUAUCCUCAUUUUCUCCCACAGUUUAAUGAUAAUUCCUCUGUUCAACCAAGUCCUAUCUCGAUAACUUCUAUGACUGAAUUGAUAAUUAAUAGUCAGUCAGAACAGAAAUAUCGUGAAAACUCUCUGUUAAGCGAUGGUCAUCAAUUAAGUUUAGGUCAAACUGCAGACCUUUGGUUCUUCUACUUUGAAGUAACUAUACUAUCGAAUCCCAACGUAAAAGACACUACAAUUGCUGUUGGACUUACAACAAAGCCAUAUCCAAAUUUCAGAUUACCUGGUUGGAAUGAUCAUUCAGUAGGCUAUCAUUCUGAUGACGGAAACAAAUUUCAUAAUGAUGGUCUUGGAGGUCAAAGUUAUGCCAAAACAUGGGGUGAAGUUGGAGAUACCAUAGGGUGUGGCUAUUAUCCUAAAAAUGGUACCGUUUUCUUUACAAAAAAUGGCAAAUCACAAGGCAAUGCAUUUACUGGAUUGAAUCAUAUCUGGUUCCCAACUGUUGGAGCAGAUGGUGAAUGUAAAGUUGAGGUCAAUUUUGGUGAUGGAGAUCGAGAAUUCCGAUAUAAAGAAGCUAGAGUAACGAGUGCUGCUGGUCCAAUCUCAACGUAUUCUAACGCACCUUUGAAAACAUUGAAUGAUUAA